AUGUAUCUUCCUCACGCACAUCAUGGCUUUGCUUCGGACCCCAUUGCAAAAGAGGACGCUACCAGGAUCGACCUGGAAUGGAAGAGGGCAACGAGUUACUACAGUGACGGCCGGUUCCACGAGGCAGAAGCCUUGUAUCGGGACGUGAUGCAGUUUCGGGUAAAGGUACUUGGACCGGAGCAUCCUGACACGCUCAAAAGCAUGGCGAAGCUGGCUUUGACAUACCAUGCGCUGAGCCGUUUCCAGCAGUCCAAGGCACUCGGGGUAAAAACAGUCGAAGCUCAGAAACGAGUUUUUGGCGAAGAGGAUCCAGAGACAUUGUCUACCAUGAGUCACCUGGCUAUGACAUACAGCGAUUUAUCCCAAUGGAAAGAAGCGGAAGAGCUCGAGCUUCAAACAAUGGAACUUCGCAGUCGAGUCCUCGGCAGCGAGCAUCCAGAUACACUAGUUGGCAUGAGCAACCUGGUUUAUCUGUACAAUUGUCAAGGUUGGUGGAAGAAGGCCGAGGAGCUAGGCAAGCAGACGACAGCUACGCGCAAGAAGGUGCUCGGCAUUGAACAUCCCGACACUCUCCUCAGCAUCAGCAACCUCGCACACACGUACAACAACCAGGGUCGGUAUAAAGAUGCCGAAGAGCUGCUGGUCCAGGUGAUGAACGUUCGCAUACGAGUGAUGGGAAAAGAUCAUCCACACACCCUCAGCGGCAUGAGCAACCUGGCAGUGAGUUACCACAAUCAGGGCAGGUGGGACGAGGCCAAGUCGCUCCAGGCGCACGUGGUAGAGGCUCGCAAGGUCCUGCUGGGCCCGGAGCAUUUCUCAACAUUAACGAGCAUGGCGCAUCUGGCAUCGACAUACCAUAGCCAGGGUCAGUUGGCCGAAGCAGAGGAGCUCGGCCUGCUGGUGAUGGAGCUGCGCAGGAAGGUGCUGGGUCCGGAGCAUCAUCACGCCUUGGUCAGUAUGACUAACCAGGCGGUCAUCUAUCGCGAUCAAGAGCAGCUGGCCAAGGCUGAGCGACUUGGUUUGGAGGUACUCGCGGUGCGGAUACGAAUGCUCGGUAUGGACCAUCCUCAUUCGCUGGCUAGCAUGGAGCACCUUGCAGCUACGUAUAAAAAGCAAGGUCGAGGACAGGAGGCGAGGGAUCUUGAAAUGCAAGUCGUCGAGUCUCGAAUGAAGACGGUGCCGUAA